AUGUCCCAAAUAGUCGAAUCUCGCUCAGAGUCGGCGCUCACUGCCUCUGCCGCCGGCUCAGAGGAUACUGCCUCGUCGAGUAGUGCCAUAGAACCUCCCGAUAGUCUCCAAGCUGUGUCUACCGGCCUACGCAGCCUCGCCAUUUCAUCCAGCUCUCGUCCACCCUGCCAAUCUACUCUCGGCUCUUCCUAUCCUCCACCGACUCCCAGCUCUAAAUCGUCCGAUCGUCUCGCCCAUACCGCUCAUAUACCACAAUCAGCAUCUGCUUCCUACUCCACCAGCCCUGCUAGCCGGUACGGUCGCCACUUUCCCAUGACCAACUCCAGCUCAACAGACUCGCAGCUCAACUACGACGCUUACCUUGCCGUCCCGGCCAGUCCAAGCAUGAGCGAGGGCCUCACCGACAGUCCCGGCAGUGUAUCGAGCAUGAGCAGUUUCCGACGCGGCGACCUUGCCGACAUCGAGGAUCUUGACCUCGAGCCUGAACUCGAAACCGUCAGCGAAUGCGACGAAGAGUCCAGCAGCCUUUGCUCUCUCGACAUUGGCAUCGAUCUUGACUCGGAUUCCGAGCGGGCCAGCUCUCAUGGCGGCGACAACGACCACCUCUCAACAAGCGCCUACUCGCUCGGUCUCUCUGCUUCGCAUUUAUCUCGUCAAGCCCAUCAACGACCGGCAUCUCACGGCACGGCCGCCUCCGACUAUGCCCGUCGCAAGCGUAGCGAGUGGCUGCUCAACAACUACGCCAACAAGAUCGCUGCUCGUCGUCCUCGUCGCAUCAAGAAAGGUCGUAUCACCGAGAUUGUCGAAGAAGGAGGCGAGUGCAUCAACACUACCGUCAUGCCUAAAGCGCCCUUUGCUUGCGGCGCGUCGGAAUGGUCAUGCGAAGUCUCGGGUCCUCCCCUCGCUCCUCCACGUAGCGUGAGCCCCUCGGAUACCGUGCCUGCUGUCCCGUCCCCCCUCUGUUCAUGUGUCAGUGCUGAGAAUGGCAACCCCACUGCACCCACCGGCUUGGAGGAGAGCGUCGAAACCAUCAAGGCUUACGAAGCAGUGGCCAGUGCAAGAGCCCAUCGCACAAUCCUGGAUCAAUCUCAAAUCAGCUCGCAAGCGGAAUCCUCGACGUCAAAGGCCCAUGCUGAGCGCAUGGACGACGUGAAGGAGGAACUCGAUCUCUCACCUCCUAGACUGUCACGCUCAUCCAGUCGUCGCAACUCUUCUCCCGUCAAGCUCCGUCCCUGUUUCCGUCAACAGUCGUCCCAGGCUUCGACACGAGAGUCUUCUUGCGAACAUGAUCCUCCUCGCGGUCGAUCCGUGCGCUUCAGCAGCCGUCCUCCACAGGAGUUGCGCACCCACAGCCCAGUCGAGUACGACCGCAAGAGUUGUCCUGUCAACAACCGCCUGAGUCCAGCCGACGUGGAAGAGCUGAGGACCAUGAAGAUGGAGAUGGGUCUCCUCGAGGCCAGAUGGACUGCUGUCGCUGCUUGCAAGCCCAAGAAGGUCGAAGGCACCGAAGGCACCACUAAGCCGGAGAACUACAAUGCCUACAACGCCGGCAUCGCUGCCAUCAAUGCCUCCCGCGCUUGCGGAGCCGAGUCGGACUCGACCACAGGCCCAGGAUCUGCAGGCAGUCCAACUGCACGCCUGCGACAGCAAAAGGAGCGAGAGCGUCUGCAAGAGCGUCAGCGCAACCUCCCUCACUAUAUGCGUAACCGCCCAUGUGUGGCUUCGUCGGAAGCCUUGUCGAUACGCAACAAGUUUGGUCAGGCGCCACCACCACCUCUGCCCGGUACUCCAGCAGCAACAAGAGCAGCAGCAACAAGAGCAGCAGCAGCAACAGCAGCAGCAGCAGCUCGUGCUUCUUCCAUGUCGCCCAGUCGCUCCACGUCUGCUCCACCUACCCGCCGAUCUGCACAGGAUGCUCGUUCGCCGCGUCGAAUGAGCUUUCAGAAUAUGCCCACCGGUCCAUCCGAGAUUCCGGUGCUGACACAAACGAGCCCGUCACCACCGUCAUCUCCAAGAUCCAGCCUUAACAAGCAACUGAACAGCAGUCGCGAGACGUGGAGCGGAAGCGUAGGCCCUCAUCUCUCUGCCGAACGCGGCAGGCCUGGGCCUUGUGCGGCGGCCCCAUUGCCUUCUCCCUGGUCGAAUGGAUCGAGCUCGGCGACGUCCUCCAUCUACUCGAGCACGUAUUUCCCCAGCGGCCCCUCCACGCCUUCCUGCGUCAGCUAUCCCGGUGGCAAUGGCUACGACAGUCCUGCGUCGGAAUUUUACGAGAGCGGUAGUGAAUAUGACAUGAUAUGCUGA